UGUGAUGCUACUAUUCAUUCAUUCCUUUCUUCUUCCUUUCACAGAGACAAACAGUUCCCAGCAUUUGGUUUUGGAGCACAGGUCCCUCCAAACUGGAAGGUGUCUCAUGAAUUUGCCCUAAACUUUAACCCAAGCAACCCUUAUUGUUCAGGUGUCCAGGGUAUUGUAGAUGCCUACCGUCAGGCCUUGCCGCAGGUUCGUCUCUAUGGACCAACAAACUUCUCCCCCAUCAUCAACCAUGUGACUAGUUUUGCAGCUUCAGGAGCUCAACAGAAGAAUGCAUCUCAAUACUUUGUGCUUCUGAUCAUCACUGAUGGUGAAAUCACGGAUCUCAAUGAAACACGAAACGCCAUUGUGCAGGCCUCAAAACUGCCUAUGUCCAUCAUAAUCAUCGGAGUGGGAAAUGCAGAUUUUAAGGCCAUGGAAUUCCUGGAUGGAGAUAAUGGAGUCCUUAAAUCUUCAAAUGGGGAAACAGCUGCCAGAGACAUUGUCCAGUUUGUGCCUUUCCAACAGUUUCAGAAUGCUCCACGAGAAGCUCUUACCCAGGCAGUUCUGGCUGAGGUUCCCAAGCAGCUGGUUUCUUAUUUUAAAUUGCUUGGUCUAGCCCCAAUAAAGCCUCCACCACAGACCCAAGCAUAGGCAGUGAAUAUUAUACGUACGGCUCCAGGAAAAUGUCCUUUCAGAACCAAGAAGAUGAUGAAAUGCAAGAUAUAACACUUUGUUUUGUUCCACUUGCUCUUUGGGGGAAAUGGUGACUUACUAUAGACAGAUGGCAGAACCACACUUUUUUUUUUUUUUUUAGGUCUGUACAACUCAGUGUUCUGUUAUAAUUGUAGACUAAGGAAGGUAGUGCAGAGCAUCAAAGCAUGGGACACCAUAUUGAUACUCCUCACAUUUGAAGAUGCUGUUCUUAUUGUUACAAUUUUUUUUAUGUUUAUAUACUACAGAUAAUGACUUUGCCAAGUGGAAAGGCUGGCCAUUCUAAACUACGCUGCUGAAUUGCCCAAUCCACCUUUCUUACAUUUAUAGUUGUUUUUUCCCUUUUUAUUGUAUUUACAUUUAAGUAAUCCAAUACCCAUAUAUAUUGUAGUUGCUAAGUACUUAAUGGGUCCAUAUAGAGAGAUUACUAUCAACUUGGCAGAGUUUAUAUGCGCACAAACACUUUAACAACCCACCCCUAUUGCAAAUAAGUCUGUACAGACCAUUUUACAGCAUGCAAGGAAGUAGUUGAUAACUUGUUCACCUUUUUCAAGCUUGAAGGGAUAAAUGUACCCUUAUUUUGCUGCAGCCGUAGCUCUUGAGGUAAUAAUGCCUACAUUUUGUUAUGCUGGAUUCCAGGGUUUGCAUGUGCCUUAUUUUGCAGAGCCUUUAUUUUUGUAGUUUACAAUUCAAUGCUUUUUGAGCAUUUGUGCCUUGAGAUUAUAUAGUCUUGCAAUUGAAGCCAAAUCUUUAAACUUCUUAAUCUGUUACUUUCUUAUAUGCAAUUAAAGAGGUACAAGGCACAACAUCUUUGGACACUACCAAAGUUUAUUUGCAUCAUUCCAUUAUGCCCAGUUAAAGGGACAUGUUAGCUCAAUAAUUAAAUGCUCUUAUACAUUAAGUUUAACUCCUUUGCUGGGUAGCUAAAGUCAUUUUUAGGAGCUGCAAUGCAUUGUGCCUCUUGAGCAGGACACUGCAUACAACCAAUCAGGAGUGGCAUAAAAUUGUAGCUGACGACUACAGCCAUGUCCUGCUCAGGGCAAGCUCUGUAGCGCUCCUUCUGCUGGAACUUGGAUAUUAAUCACUUUGUGGAGGGAUUAAACACAGUUGCCAUAGGGAAUUUAUUAAUACAAUGUUGUAACUAAAUAUUAUUGUACUAAAGAUCUAUUUAAUCACUUUACUGCACUUGCGUUUAACUCAUUAAAAAUUAUAAAAAGGGUUGAGCAACUAAAAUGGCACUGUUAAAAAUAUAUUAACCAAAUGUUCUUAUACACUGUAGUUAUUUCCUAAAUGUAACCUUUUCGGCAUUUAUUAUUGUUUUGGACAUUUUUGUAUGUACUAGUUAUUGAAAUAUAAAAAUGAUUAAUUCUUG